CCAGGGCAGUGGUAAUCCAAGCAAGGCAACUCGUCGCCACAAUUCAGGAGUCGGACGAGUAUCUAUAUCAAUGGCAACCCAUUUGUCAAUUCCAGCGAGGAUCAUCAAACCCCAAGUACUAUCUUCUCAAUCACUUCUCUCCAUCUCUUUGCAACAUGUCCAAUGCCCAGGACAAGAAUCACGCCGAAGCCCUUGGUGUUGAAGAAAAGGGACAUUCUGACCAUCUUGAGAAGCAUGACACUCACAUCUUCUCGGCGGUUGAUGAAACUGGUACACACAAGAAGAUCGAUCCAGCUGAAAUCAAGCUUGUGAGAAAGCUGGAUUGGAUCAUUCUUCCGAUUUUGUGGAUUAUGUACUGGUUCAACUACCUUGAUCGCAAUGCAAUUACCGUAGCACGAUUGGACGGAUUGGAGAAGGAGCUCAACUUGACCUCUACGGAGUAUCAGACAUGCGUCUCGAUCUUGUUUGUAGGAUACAUCCUUGGUCAAAUCCCGUCUAACAUGCUCAUGACUCGAAUCCGACCUUCCCUUUACAUGUCUGGUGCCAUGGCUCUCUGGGCCGUUGUGAGCACACUUACUGCGAUCUGCCAUGGCUUCAAAGGGCUUGUACUCACACGAUUCUUCCUGGGCGUAACCGAAGCCCCUUUCUAUCCCGGCGCUCUAUACGUCCUCUCGAUCUUCUAUACCAAGAAGGAGAUAGCAACUCGUAUCUCUAUCCUCUUCACUGCCAAUAUCUGCGGGACUGCAUUUGCAGGACUCAUAGCUAUUGGCGUGUUUGAGAUGAGCGGUGUUGCAGGUCUGGCUGGAUGGAGAUGGCUCUUUAUCCUUCAAGGAAUCAUCACUUUUGUUAUCUCCCUUGCUUCAGCCUUUGUCUUGCCAGAUGAACCUAGCAAUACUCGCUGGCUUACAGAAGAGGAGAGGAUACUGGCCCAUGAGCGAAUUGCUGCGGAUACUGUUCAGAUCCGAACCAACACGACGACUUUUGCUGGACUUGUUGAUGCCUGUAAGGACCCCCGUCUUUGGGUCCUCGUCUUCAUGCAACACUUUCACAUGGCUGCCAGCAACUUCAAGAACUUUUUCCCUACUAUUGUAGGAACGCUUGGCUUCGAUCGCAAUACUACACUUGCUCUGACCUGCCCCCCGUAUAUCGUGUCAGGUAUCGUAUGUAUUGCAUGGGCUGCAAACUCUGGCCGUAUGAACGAAAGAACUUGGCACAUCACCGUUGCCAAAAUCAUGGCUGUAGUUGGCUUCAUCUUAGCCUGCACGGUUCAUAAUACUGGUGCGCGUUAUUUCGCAAUGUGUGUCUUUGCCAGCGGCGUAUAUGCCUGUAACAGUGUUAUCCUUGGUUGGGUCGCCAGCACAUGCGGUCAGACUCGAGAGAAGAAAGCUAUAUCUCUCGCUCUAGCAAACACGGUUGCCACGCUUGGUCCUAUUUACACUCCCUAUCUUUGGCCGAGUUCCGACGAGCCGAUGUAUCCUGUUGCCAUGUCCAGCAGUGCUGCGUUUUCAGCUGCCUCGGCUGUCUUGGCUUGGGUUCUUAGAUGGAUGCUUAUCCGCGAGAAUCGCAAGAUUCGGGCUUCAAACAAUGAGGAGAGGCUCUUCUACGCAUACUAAAUUUGACAAUAUAGUUCGAUGGUCCUGCAAAGACAUCCAAGUAGCCUGGCUAGUUAUACCAGUACCCG